AUGGUGGGAAUGUGGGCUAUUGACAGCGGUGCGACGCACCCCAUCUACUAUAACAAGUCCAAGUUUGAAGUUCUGGACGAGCGCAACGAAGGCGAAGUGCUGGUUGCAGACAGAGACAAGGCUGCGAUCAAUGGAGUUGGGGCUAUCGUCGAAAAUGUGGUCCUAUCAAACGGUGAAGAGCGCGAAGUUAAAAUCAAGGACGCACUGUAUGUCUCGAGCAUAAUCAAGAACCUACUGUCGAUACGUUAA